AUGCCCGGUCGAUUGCCCACGGAGGGCGACUUUCCCUCCUCGGUGAAAUUAAGCAUCACGCCGCCACCUGCAUCGCAACCGCCUACGAACGUGCUCAUUCUCCUACACGGCCUCGGCGACACCAACGCAUCGUUCACGAAGCUAGGACAGCAACUGAACCUCCCCGAGACAGCACGUAUUGCCCUGCAGGCGCCCAAGCCUCUGCCGUUCGACCUCGGUGGCUUCCACUGGGGCGAUGACAUGAUCUUCGACCAGAAUACUGGUGAGAUGGAUGUGGAUACUGGGUUCAAAGCAUCGACACGGCUAGUGCUGGAUCGAGUCAUCCGAGAGGGUCUUGUUGGCAAGUGCGGCUACACAGCGCGCGAGAUCAUGAUCUUUGGAUUUGCGCAGGGAGGCAUGGUCGCGUUGCAGGCUGCCGCUGAGCUCACUGGAGACGAAAUAGGUGGAGUCAUCAGUAUUGGGGGAUGGCUUCCGCUUUCGAUCUCCUUGGCGGCUCUCAAUAAGAAGAGCAAAACACCGGUGUUGGUCUGUAGAGCAUCAAGAGGCUCGGCAGUGACCGAUGGCGCCGUCUCGAAGCUCAAGGAUGUUUUUGAGUACGUCGAGGUCAAGGAAUGGAAGAAGAAAGGAGACGGCAUGCCGACGAAUCGUGAGGAGAUGCUGCCCAUCAUGCAGUUCUUCGCUCGGAGGUUACGGAGUACGAGGGGUGUACCUGCAGGUAGUGUCGAGCUAACUUGA